GUUUUUUUUUUCUAAUACACAAUCAAUUGCAUGUAAGAACUAUUGUCCUCUGUUUAUUACAUUUAGGCAAAACCAGAGCUCAGAUGUCCUGUUGUAUGCUAUCCGGCAACCAAAUGACACUGCACAUGACAACGGCAAACAUUUAUUUUGAACAUCUGCGCCUAGGCUACAACCCCAACAUUUACAUGGCUCGCCAGUACAUCUGUAGAGUUCCAGUACAUGCUGACUCUCUGAAGAGUUCCUACAUCACUCUGACUUCUAAAGACUGCUCCACUGAUAUUCAAGAUUAUCUUUCAAUUAUUUAUCCAACCAGGGUACUGGGAGGAAUCGCCUUAUGUGGCAAAAUCGCACACAGUGGCGGACUCGAUCCUGAGAAAGUUAUUGAAUGGUUUGAGGUUCAACGAUUACUCGGGGUAGAUAAAGUUUUGAUAUUUGAUCUGGGAAAUCCAGAAACUUUAAAUCGAGUUUUCAGAUAUUACCAGAAUUUAGGUAUUCUAGAUCUGCAGCCCUACGAACUUCCCGGGGAGCCACAAAACAGAUCUCAUGAUGAAACCAUGGCCGUUUUAGAAUGUAGGCAAAGAUUGGCGGGCUACGAGUUCAUCAUCGGCCAUGAUGUGGAUGAGUUUAUUAUUCCAAGAAGGGACGAGACACUCAGAGACGUUUUCAAGAAACAGCUUCAAAGGGAACCCAGUGGAUCUGGGUUUUUCUUCUACACGCAGUUCUUCAUAACGACAUGGAAACCAACAAAUCCUGAAGAAGAUCUCAUGGUGAAACGUUACAGGAGGACUACAGAACCGUUAUGGGUAUCCUACAAAUACGUGUAUCUACCGUCGAGGGUAAAGGCUGCAACGACGCACAGGCUAUUUCCGUAUAAUCCCCCAUUCAACAGAUCAAGAGUUCCUCCAAGUGAUGCCGUUCUCCAUCAUUAUCGCCCUUGCAAGUUGGACUACUGGGGCAAUUGUUCUGUGAAAACAAUUAUUGAUAACACUAUGACAAGAUACCGUGACUUGGACGAACGAGUGGCCAGGGCGCGGGCAGCAACAUCGACCAAGCCACAGUGGAGCGGAUGA